CAGACAUUUGGUAGUCAUAUGAAAUACACAGUGAAUGAGACUUAUUCAAAUCAAUGUGCUUGGUUUACGUCCAAGAUCGUAUAUUUACAAUUGCAUUCAUUCCCCAAGAUCUUAUUUCCUUCCAACAUGAUGGUUAUUUGUUCUAUCAAAUACAGUAAAUAAUAGGGAAAUAAUGGGAAACUAUGUAUUUCAUGGAUUCGUUUGAAACCAACGGAGGAGAUACAUCGUACACUGAAAACAUACCUGGAGCAUUUGGACAUCGUUAUUCUGUAAAAAAAAUAACUAAUUGUAUGAAAUAGAAGUAUGAGCAGGAAAAUGAAAAACUUUGAUGAGUUAAAUGCCACAGCCACUGCUAUUUUAAAGGAAGCAAUGUUUAAUGAGCGAUCCAAACGAUUCAAAAUGGUAGUCAACGAUUAUAGAAGACUUCUAACCACGAUUGACCUUCGGAAUCUUGCUCGUGACUACGAACCUCCAUCCGGAUACAAAUUAUUGUUGUAUGAGCUCCACUAUCAUCUAGGCAUGGCUCUACAACAUAUAGGUGACCAUAGACGUGCUAUACAACACUACACCAAAGCAAUCAACAGUAUAACACGUUUGAAGGGAGGCUGCCUGGCUGGUUGUCAUACCAACUCUUGCUUGAUGACACCUCUUCAUACCAGACGCUCAUUCGCCUAUGCUAGGACAGGGGACCUAAGGAAUUCUCUGAAGGACGCUGAGAGAGCUGUCGUCCUUGACUCUAGGAACCCUGAUGUGUAUUGUGUACGAGCCCUAUCCCGGCAUACAAGACGCGAAGAGACAGAGGCCAUAAAGGAUUGUAAAUUAGCACUUGGCAUUAACCCGUCUCAUGUAUGUGCCCUCCUUCUUCUUGGCAACUUUGAAAAGCCAUUAUCGUUAGAAGACGACGACUCCGACACUCAGGUAGAGAGUCACAGCCAGCUAAAGGCAUAUUCCAUCAACCCCACUUCAAAGUAUUAUAUGGACGUGAGAGACUUCAACCACCCCAGUAUGAUGGACUUCUAUGACAGAUUCCUUUACUCGCUCAAUGUUCCGCACACGAUCUCUCAGAUAAACAUGAUUCCGGAUAAAGUUAUGGAUCAGAUAAAGAUGGCGCAGCAGUUGCACAACGGUGAACCGAUUGUAUUCGAUAUUCCAAUCAAACCCAACCGUGCUGCAUCCUCUGCCGAUGAACCUCGCCUUAUUAAACCAUUUAGAGCGGGUACUCCAACUAGUCAACGAGAUAAGGAUUCCGCUCCUAGACGGCGGAAGGAAUAUGGAGAGUCUGUAAGAAAAUACAUGGCAAAACCCAGAACAGCCAAAGAGUAUAUAGACCAGCUUGUCAAGCACUACAACAAGCAACACAAACUCAGGAGAGAGGCCGAGGAAAAUGAACGGGAACUUGAACGUCCAAUGAAAACCAACCACAAUGACAAUAAAACCAUCACCGAAUCUCACCAAAGACGACCAAAAUCAUGCCCCGGGUCACUAGAAAAGCAUGAAUAUUUAAGCAAAUCACAUAGCCCAGUAGCGCGUGAAGUGAGUGACUUAGGUAGGAGACAGAAGGUUCCAGAGUCAGAGAAAGUGAGAAAUGCGACAGAAACAAUUUGGAGAGAACGGGUGCAUCCUGCAACAACUCCAAUUAUGAUUCGGCUAGAUUCUGUCGAUACGGGAGGGCCAUCAAUUGCACCAGUAUUCCAGAAGGUGAACACAAAGAACUUUCCCAGAAUGUACUACAGGCCAUGGAGAGGGGAUAAACUACCUAUGGCAGAACUUGAAAGAAAACCAAACAUUUUGGCCUUUUACUAAACCCGUAAUAUACAAUCCCAACAUAGGUUAUGAUAUCCAAACUUGAGAAGGGGAGCGUAGACAGGAUACAACAUCAACGUCUAUUACACACACUAUUUGUCUUGCUUAGGAGGAACAUUCUGCAAAUUAUAAACAAUGUAUAAGUGCGUAAAAUAGAUUUAGAUUGAUAGACCAUCCUGCACUGCGAGACAUGUUACAUCAAUAUCUUUAUUUGUAAAUUGAAUCUCUGUCGUCUGCGCUUGGCUUACAUGUUCGAGCAAUAAAGCACGUAAUUCCUUACUCAGUUCCAGAGCUUACCAAGACCUUUAGGGCGCAUUUUCGUAUGACCGCGGUGCAAGUGAUUUUGAUCUGUUGCGUAAUAUUUAUUUGUUUUACAUAGCAGUAUUUUUAGGAUUAAAAUCUUGCUUUGUACAUUUUUGACCACGGGGAAGAUUUUAAUCCUAAAAAUUAGCUAUA